GCGCCGCGCCGUGAGGGCAGCGGCGGGAACGUGAGGGGGACGGAGCGAGAGACGUGACAGGGAUGUCCCCAAGGAUGUCCCCAAGGAUGUCCCCAGCGAUAUCACAGGGGUGUCCCCAAAGAUGUCACAGGGAUGUCCCCAGCGAUGUCCCCGCGGCCCCUUCGCCGUCCCGGCCCUGCGGUGCACCCCCGACACCUCCUCUGUGUUCCGCCAGGAUGUCCAACAUCGCACGGGAAAAUAAGACUGCGGCGUGGCAGCAAGAGCACAGAACUCUUGCAGGUUUGGCGCAGGGGAAGGAGCCUCCAUCCCGUGUGUGGAGCUGUGCCAUGGAGCUGGGUGCCUCUGGAAAGGCCGCGGGAGCAGGAGCAGGGGCAGAGCCCUCAUUUGAGCACCAGGAAGUAGGUGGUCCAGCCGGCCAGCAGCAGCGCCCCGAGCAGCACCGUGUAGCUGAACAGCACAAAGGCCAGCAGCUCCCGCAGCACCUUGAGGAAGUGGAUGGCGAAGGAGUCCGGCAUGGCUCUCCCGGCUCCCUGGGGCUGGCUGCUCCCUGCUCCUCCCUGGCCUGGAAGCAGAGGAACAAGAGGGAAGCAGCACCCGACUCUUGCAGACUGAGGAGAGCAAUUCCUGUUAUGGAAUCUAUGGGCUCACACAGCACAAGCCUGGAUUAGGCAAGCUCUGAGCAAAAGGAAAGCCCCAGAAAAGAGGUGUGGGCAGAAAUGAGGAUCUACAUUACUGCAGGCAUCUUAAAAGGUGAUUUGACCAACACCUACUCAGAACAGUCCAAGUGGAGCUGACCUCAUCCCAGAGCAGGUGAACAGAAUGGAACAGCUUCCUGGUUUUUCUCUGGAUGGGGGAUUACUGUGUGGGAGCAGCCUGAGCUGCCAGUCCCAGCCCUGCUGAACACCGACGGUGAAUUAUCUGAUGCACUGUUGGACACAGGCCUCACCUCAAAGGCUGCUGAGAUGAUCUUGGCUUUCUUGCUCAGCACUGACCCCACAGCAUUGAAGUUCUUGUCUCGGAUUUCGGCAUAAAGCUCUUCUGCAGAGUUCA